AUGGCGCCCCAAAAAUUCAAGCUCCUCUGUUUGGAGAACCCGCUCCUCGAUAUCCAAGGACAAGGUGACGAGGCAAUGCUCCAGCAGUAUGGCCUGAAACUCGACGACACUCUCCUUGUCGAACCCCACCAGAUGGGCCUGUACGACGACCUGAUCAAGAACCGCAACGCGAAGCUCAUCCCGGGCGGAGCGGCGCAGAACACCGCGCGCGGUGCCCAGUACAUGCUGCCGCCAGACUCGGUGUGGUACAUCGGCAGCGUUGGCGAUGACGAGUACGCAAAGAUUCUCCGUGAAAAGUGCGCCGAACAAGGCCUCCACGUCGAAUACAUGGUCGACCCCAGCACGCCGACAGGGAAGUGCGGCGUCGUGAUCACCGGCCACCACCGCACGAUGUGCACCCACCUCGCGGCGGCCAACAACUACAAGCUCGAGCACCUCCAGCAGCCCAGCAUCUGGGCGCUCGUCGAGGCGACCGACGUCUUCUACGUCGGCGGCUACCACCUGACGGUGUGCCCGCCGGCGGCGAUGGCGCUGGCCAAGCACGCCGCCGAGGCGGACAAGAUCUUCAUGCUCUCCCUGUCGGCCGGCUUCAUCCCGCAGUUCUUCAAGGACCAGCUGGCCGAGCUGAUGCCCUACACCGACUACGUCUUCGGCAACGAGAACGAGGCCAAGACCUGGGCCGAGUCCCAGGGCAAGAGUGGGAUCAGCAUGGCCGAGUGCGCGAAGCUCAUGGCCGAGACGCCCAAGGCCAACGCGAAGCGGCCCAGGGUCGUCAUCGUCACCCAGGGCACCGACCCGACCAUCGUGGCCGUCAAGGAGGACGGCAAGGACGUCGAGGUCAGGGAAUACCCCGUCCCCGUCAUCGACGAGGGGUUGAUCAACGACACCAACGGCGCGGGCGACGCCUUCGCCGGUGGCUUCUGCGCCGGCGUCGUCGAGGGUGAUGACUUGGAGACGUGCAUAAAGAAGGGCCAGUGGUUGGCCAGGUUGGGUCUGCAAGAGUUGGGGCCUUCGUAA